AUGAGGUGUGGUGACAAGACCCCUAGCCCCAAAAGCCUGGCGGGCGCCCCUGCACUACAUCAUCGCGCCGCACCAUGCCGGCCCAGCGCUGCCCGCCCUCCACUCGCACCGCGCCCUCCGUCGUCACCACCCACACGCAUCCCACUUUUUUCCCUCGAUGCUCUCAUUCUCGUCCUCCUCUGCUCACCUGCCUCUGCUCCCGCCUCGUCCUCGCCCUCGCCUCAAAGCAGUGCUCAAUCUGUCAACCAGACUAGCCAGUCAAGCUGGCUGCCUGUCUGCCUCAUAACCCUCCCUGACAACAUCGGUCCAGCCGCCUCUCCGCGCCGCAGCCCACUCCCGACCCCGGCUCGUCUCGUCUCGUCCACUGCCUCUGUGCCCGCCAACCCUGGUUGGAUCUGGCAGCCUGCUUGUGCACCUCUCUGCUCGACCUGCUUCGAUCCCCAUCGACAUCACUUCUCGUUUGCCGACUACACACCCCGGCUCUUGCCUUCCUUGUCCUACAACCUUGCCUACGACAUACUCCAUUCCAGUAAUUUCUCCUCUAGAUAUCCUGGUUGGAUCGCUGCCUCGCUCUUGUCCAGACGGCCCUUCGUGACUCUUAUUGUCUUCUUUUCACCUCCCCCCGCCCUCGCCUUCGGUUCGCAAGCAUCAGCGUCGUGAUAGCAUACAACAAUCAGCACAGACAGCGAAAACGUCCUUUGAGCUCGCUCGGAACAUCUGUGUCAAAUCUUGAGAGUUGCUGCUUCGCCCUUUCUACGCCGCCCGAGCCACUGCACAUACCGCACGAAAUCAACCAAUUACUGCAGUAGCCCGGAAGAGGCCCGUACAAAGGCACGCCCAAGUCUUCCAAACCGCAGCAGAAGAGCUCUGUAC